AUGUCGAAUGACAUACAAAAAGUGGGUCCUUCUGUGAAGACAAGUGCACUUGCUGUUGUGUUGCCUUCAUCCCAUAAUUAUGCAGAGAAGCCUGAAAAAUUUAAUGGGAUAGAUUUUAAGAGAUGGCAACAAAAGAUGUUGUUCUACAUCACCACAUUGAAUUUGGCUCAUAUCCUGAAAGCAGAUCCUCCUGCACCUGGUGAUACAAUAGAAACAGUGGCUGCUUCUGAUGCAUGGAACCAGCUGGAUUUCCUUAGCAGGAACUACAUCCUAAAUGGUUUAAGUGAUGCACUAUACAAUGUGUAUAGUCCAAUUCAGACUGCCAAAACUUUAUGGGAGUCACUAGACAAGAAAUAUCGGACCGAAGAUGCAGGAAUGAAGAAAUUUAUUGUCGGUCAGUUUCUUGACUACAAGAUGGUAGACUCCAAGACUGUCAUAAGUCAAGUCCAAGAACUCCAACUCAUUCUACAUGAGAUACAUGCAGAAAAGAUGAAAUUGAGUGAGUCUUUCCAAGUGGCUGUUGUCAUUGAAAAAUUACCACCCUCUUGGAAGGAUUUCAAAAACUACCUUAAGCAUAAGCGUAAGGAGAUGGGACUUGAGGAUUUGAUAGUAAGGCUAAGGAUCAAAGAAGACAAUCGCCGUGCUGACAAAAAGUCUAGAUCUAUAAUGGAAGCUAAGGCUAACAUAGUGGAAAAAGAGUCAAGAAAUAACAAGAAGAGGAAGCAUUCUGGAGAAGGCUCAAAUCAAGGGAACUCCAAGAAGUCCAAGGAGUUUAAGGGAAAAUGCUUCAAUUGCAACAAGCAAGGGCAUCGAGCUGCGGAUUGCCGAAGUAGAAAUGGACAAGGCAACCAAAAGAAAAAGGGCAAGACUAAGGCACACAUGACUGAAGAAGAUAAGCUUUCAACUGAUUUGUCAGAUAUUAAUCUUUCUGCAGUCGUGUCUGAAGUGAACUUGGUGGGUAACACCAAGGAAUGGUGGGUGGAUACUGGAGCUACACGCCACAUAUGUUCUGAAAGGAAGAUGUUUUCUACAUAUGAAGCAAAUGAUCAAGGAGAGCCUUUAUUCAUGGGAAACUCCUCCACCUCCAAAAUUCAUGGCCAAGGGAAAAUAAUUCUAAAGAUGACAUCUGGAAAGGAAGUCACUCUCAAUAAUGUACUUCACGUCCCUGAGAUCCGGAAGAACUUGGUUUCUGGAUCACUGCUUAGCAAGAAUGGGUUCAAGCUAGUCUUUGAGUCUGAUAAGUUUGUACUUACUAAAAAUGGAAUGUAUGUGGGGAAAGGGUACCUUACUGAUGGACUCUUCAAGAUGAAUAUUAGGGCAUGUUAA